AUGCCAUCAACAACUCCCCAGAAAUACACAACUCUCGAGUCCAACAACAAAUCGCCCUUCGACAUUGAAGAACAAGAUGGUGCAGAUGAUUCAGAUACGACAUUGGCAUCUUCAUCUUUUCUAAAAUCCUCAAAAUCACGCUCUCCAUCACCAAAAUCAAGACGAACGCAACAUUGCAAGGACUGUUCCCGAAGAAGAGGCCUUUUCACUUGGAUCAGAUGGGUUGUGGUAGUCUUUUUACAAAGCGUCAUGAUACUGCUUCUCUUACAGAGUAACGGAUAUUUGGACAGUGCAAAGUGGGAUGAGAGCAUGACAGAAACCGGUGGCGAUAUUAACGGACUUUACAUUCCCACGAAACACAAAUGGACACUACUCACUCCAAAUGGGGAUAAAUUUGUGCCAAAUAUGACUACCGAUGAAAACAGGAUGGAAAUCCGACAUAACUGGGAUAUGUUGAUGCCUCUUGGAAGCGGAAGCGUCGAAAUCAACAACUACAAAGACUACCCCAAACUCGGAAAACCCAUCGUCGACGACCCAAUCCGCAACGGCUCUCUCUUCGAAGCAUCCUGGACGCACGCCCUUCACUGCUUAUACUACACAGUAGACUCCUACCACCAACUCACCGUCUCCAACGGCACCAAAUUCGGCUUCGACGGUGAGCGUAAUGAUUACCACGCCGCUCAUUGCUUUGAGUAUCUGCGCAAUCAGAUCUUGUGUAUGUCUGAUAUGACGCUGGAGGGGAGUGAGAGCGUGUUGGAUGCUACGGGGGAGGGACAGGCGCAUAUGUGUCGGGAUCGGGGGGAGGCUGUGAGUUGGAUUGAGGAGAGGAGGGUUGAUGAUAUUCAGAGUAUUGUUGGGCCGUGA